GCCUGCAGGUGUCCCAGUGAAGAUGGCCUUUGGCCCAGUUUUAGACUGGGCGGUCUGGUUUUCAGCCGGCCCGCCCCCCGUCAGCUUCCAAUUCGGCUCCGGUGCCUUGAAGCCCAGUGUCUGCACUUCGACUGCCCGACCCCCUGCAUCCACCUCAGCCUGAGUUUCUUGGGCACGGAAGCCGUGCCUGGGCCUGGAGAGACCCGAGAGAGGAACGUGAAGGAUCCGGAGCGAGUCUAAUCCCCCAGGUGACCAACUGCCCUGCCUCUUGGCUGCUGCUGCUGUUCGGUUCCCGCCAUGCUGGGCACCAUAGGGGCAGUCCUCGGGGUCCUGGGGGCCACCCUGCUGGUCUUGCGCUACUUGGUGGACCACCAUAGGGUGUGGGCGCUCCUGUGGCACGUCCAGUUCAGUGAGUGGCUCCGGGACCAGCUCAGCGGCCUCUCCCGGCCCCAACGCAUCCUGCACCACGUGCACAGAUCCGCCACCCUCGGGGACCCACAGUCCGUGAUAGCUGCCGUCGACAACUACUGCCGCCACGUUGAGUGGGCCAUGAAUGUGGGCGAUAAGAAAGGGCUGAUCCUGGACAAGGUGGUGGUAGAGACGAAACCCCGCAUCGUGCUGGAGCUGGGCACCUAUUGUGGCUACUCCGCUAUCCGCAUUGGGCGACUUCUGGGCCCCGAGGCACGGCUCAUCACCAUGGAGGUGAACCCUGCCUACGCCACCGUCGCCAAGAAGAUGAUUACUUUCGCUGGAUUGGAAGGCAAGAUCGAGGUGAUGGUGGGCUUUACCUCAGACCUCAUUCCCCAACUGAAGGAGAAAUGUGGCUUGGACACGCUGGACCUCGUGUUCCUUGACCACUGGAAAGAGCAGUACCUCCCGGACACCAAGCUACUGGAGGAAUGCAGGCUCCUGCGAGAGGGCUCGGUGCUGCUGGCCGACAACGUCAUCUGCCCCGGAGCGCCCGAAUACCUGGCCUACAUCCGCAGCAACUCCCAGUACCGCAGCCAAUUCUUCCCUUCCACCCUCGAGUACGUGCAGGUGGCCGAUGGCAUGGAGAAGUCCGUCUUCCUGGGUUGAUCAGCAGUGGAGUCGAGCCACGCUCGGCUCUCCACCUCGUCCCUUCCUGCUCUCCGUCCCCUACUUCCUUCCCCAUCAUCCCACGGAACCAGCCCAACCCCUGCUCCUCCUCACCCCGGCUCCCCCAGCUCUCUCUGCCGAGGUUUGAGCCGUGAUGGGCGGGAAGGCCGAUGGGCAGAGUCGGACUUGACGUCUUUUCCAAAGUGGACUUGGACUGGGGCUCGGCCUGGCCCGAAACUUGGUGGCCUGGAUGACUUGGUGCCCCCCGCCACCCAAGGCCAAAGGGGGCUCAAUGGGUCUCUGCCCUCUGGACCCUCUGGGGCUGUGGGGAUUGCUGGGCCCCAGGGUCACCCGGGAACAACCGUGCACACUUCGGGCACCAUGCACCCGGCCAUACGAUCCGCCCCGUGCCUUGUGACGACGAGGGCUCUCUUUACCUGUGCAGUCUGGGAUCUCUGUGUUGCCGGUGGCCCCGGGCCCCUGUGGGUGAGACAUUGCUGUUUCCGCCUUCCUCUCCUCUCAGCCCACGCCCCACUCCAAGGACCGCAAAAGAAGAAGCCAUCAGCUGCGGGGUCCAGAGCUCUCCCGCAAUGGAGGCCCCAGGGGGUGGAGAGCCGAGCCUGAGAUCCAGCCUCCCCUUGCCGCCAGCACUUGGGGGUGGGACAGGAGAAACACCCCCGGAAGCCCAGGAGACGAGGAGGAGCCAACUACGUGGCCUCGGACCUGCUUCCAACCUGUCCGGGGGCUUGUUGAGCAAACUCAACUGCCUCUCCCCAAUGACCACGCUUUCCGCAAGCUGGUAUAUCGCCUCUGCGAGCUUCUUGAGGGCAGGGCCCGUGCCUGGUAAUCUUCGCUGAAUUUUUCCCAGGCCUUGUUCAGGGCUUGGGACUUGGUAGUACUUUCAUGAGGAGGAGGAUUUUGGGGAGAAAACUGGGAAAACAGGGUGGCAGAGUCUGAGUCCAGGAAGCCCAGGUUAUUCCAUCCAAUUGGUCACCCUCCCUCGCACUGGAAGAGGUGGUGUCCACGGGGCUCUGCUGCUCCCUGUGGAUUAAUGGGAUUAAUUCUGAGAUCAGGGAGGCCUGGAGCUCUCCUCACAAGGGGAGCCCACAGCCUCCAACUGCCCCCCCGCCCCCAGAUCCCUACCCAUCUUUCUAUAAAGCUCUAAGGGCUGCCAGGCAGAAAAUGAAGGUCUCCAGCCUGUUCUCUGCCCUCUCCAGGGAGGGUCAGGCCCGGGUGACCAGAGGAGAGUUCUUUCCUGCAGGUUUCCUCCCAGAGCCACCCCAGGACCCUGCUCUCCUCUCCUUCCUGGACCUUUCCUCAAUGUGACUCUCCCCCACCCCCACUCUCCUCCAGGAGCUGACCUUGAUCUAAGAUUUGGUUCCCAGCUCUAAGCCAGAUACUAGGAACACUCAGGGACAUUACAGCCUCAGAGAAGCCUGGAGCAAAGUCAAAAUCCACAAUCGUUUCGGCACUACCUAGAAAUGAAAUGUAUCUCUCUCGUGCCCAAUGUUCCACGUUAUAUCUCAACCAGUUUUGCGCGAGCUCCAUUCCUCUGGUUAGCCAUCAGCCCACCUCCUGCCACUUCGGAUCACCCUCUGCUUCCUUCCAGAGAUGGCACAUUCACCACCUCACUUUACCUCUCAGGGCCCUCCCAAUGGUUCCCGUCACGAGGAUCAGAUGACCACAUGGGACUGGUUUUGCAUUGGGCUUCCAGCUGUUUAGAGCCCAUAUUUUACAGCAUCCCAUAUUUCAUUCCCGUAAUUCACUUUUGGCCCUAGAAUACUGAGACCAAUUUGGGAAGGGAAUCAAGACAAUUAACUCUUUUAACCAUAAAACGACUGUAAUUUUUCUAGAACACUUUGCACUAAUGUCAAAAUAUUAAAUAAAUGAAAAUGAUUUUCCCCCACA